AUGGCGUGGAUGUGUGCUCGGACCGUGGUCAUGUUUCAACCCCCGGUGUGCAGACCGGAUCGGACCGGCUGUCGACGAAACAGCCUGAUUGUGCCACUGCUGCUGCUGCUGCUUCUGUACAGCUCCCUCAAGGCGUCUCAGGCUGCCAAACCCAAAGGGCCGGGACACACACAUUUGAACUCCAUCCGCAUUGACGGGGAUAUCUCCUUAGGUGGGCUCUUCCCAGUACACGCCAGGGGCCACGAUGGCAAGCCAUGUGGGGAGCUGAAGAAGGAGAAGGGUAUACACAGACUGGAGGCCAUGCUCUUUGCCCUUGACCGCAUCAAUAAUGAUAAUAAUCUGCUGCCUAACAUCACACUGGGGGCACGAGUCCUGGACACCUGUUCCAGGGACACUCACGCCUUGGAGCAGUCGCUCACCUUCGUGCAGGCUCUGAUUGAAAAGGACGGCACAGACGUCAAAUGUCUGGGCGGGGGAUCGCCAAUCAUCACCAAACCUGAGAGGGUGGUGGGCGUCAUUGGAGCCUCCUCCAGCUCCGUCUCCAUCAUGGUGGCCAACAUACUACGCCUGUUUAAGAUACCCCAGGUGAGCUACGCCUCCACAGCUCCAGAGCUCAGUGACAACACCCGCUAUGACUUCUUCUCACGCGUGGUUCCUCCAGACACCUACCAGGCCCAGACCGCAAGGGCCUGGGUGGAAAGUUGUAAAAAACCAUGGCGGCUGGAAUCAACGCUCUCCACCCAGUGGGCGAGGGGGAACUACGGAGAAAGCGCGGUUGAUGCUUUCAUUCAGGAAUCUCGGGAGGAUGGGGGCGUGUGCAUCUCCCAGUCUGUCAAGAUUCCCCGGGAGCCUAAGCAGGGAGAGUUUGACAAGGUCAUCCGACGACUCAGAGAAAACCCAAACGCACGAGUCGUCAUACUUUUUGCCAACGAAGACGAUAUCAGGCGGCUACUCCAUGCGGCUAAAAAGGCCAACCAGACAGGUCAUUUCAUCUGGGUGGGUUCGGACAGCUGGGGCUCAAAGAUCUCUCCGGUUGUGCACCAGGAGGAGAUGGCAGAAGGAGCAGUCACCAUCCUGCCCAAGCGGCAGUCCAUCAAAGGGUUUGAUCGUUACUUCAUCAGCCGAACGCUGGAAAACAACAGAAGGAAUAUCUGGUUUGCUGAGUUCUGGGAGAACAACUUCAACUGCAAACUCAGCCGUCACGCCGUGAAGAAAGGGUCCGGCCUCAAAAAGUGCACAAAUCAGGAGCGGAUAGGAAAGGACUCGAACUAUGAGCAAGAAGGAAAGGUGCAGUUUGUUAUUGAUGCAGUCUAUGCAAUGGCUCAUGCCCUGCACAAUAUGCACCAGGAGCUCUGCCCGGGGAAGGUGGGCCUCUGCGCUAAAAUGGAUCCCAUCAACGGCACUCAUCUGCUUAAGCACAUCCGCCGUUUAAACUUUUCAGGCAUAGCUGGCAACCCAGUCCUCUUCAAUGAAAAUGGAGAUGCCCCUGGACGCUAUGAGAUCUACCAAUACCAGAUCAGAAACCGAACGGCAGAAUACAAAAUAAUUGGCCAUUGGACAGAUCAACUCCAUCUCAACGUUCGUUCAAUGCAGUGGCCCGGCGGUGUCCGUCAGAUCCCUUCCUCAAUCUGCAGUCAGCCUUGUCAGCCUGGCGAGCGGAAGAAAAUCGUGAAGGGCAUCCCUUGCUGUUGGCACUGUGAGCGGUGUGAUGGCUAUCAGUACCAGGCAGACACCUACACGUGUAAGAUGUGUCGCUUUGAUUUGCGGCCCAAUGAGAAUCACACGGGCUGCGUUCCAAUCCCCAUUGUUAAACUGGAGUGGAGUUCUCCAUGGGCAGUCAUCCCUGUGCUUAUUGCAGUCGUUGGCAUCAUGGCCACUGUGUUUGUGGUGGUCACAUUCAUCCGCUACAACGACACUCCCAUUGUAAAAGCAUCAGGCCGAGAGCUGAGCUAUGUGCUGCUAACUGGCAUCUUCUUGUGUUAUGCCACAACAUUCCUGAUGAUUUCUACUCCUGAUGUAGGAAUUUGUUCCCUCCGGAGGAUCUUUUUGGGUCUGGGCAUGAGCAUUAGUUAUGCUGCCCUGCUCACCAAAACCAAUCGUAUUUACCGCAUCUUUGAGCAGGGCUCCAUGUCUGUCAGUGCACCCAGGUUCAUUUCUCCAGCCUCCCAGCUAGUCAUCACAUUUACCCUGGCCUCAGUGCAGCUGCUCGGGGUGUGCAUCUGGUUUGGUGUGGAUCCCUCCAAGGCCAUUAUUGACUUUGAAGACCAGAGGACGUCUAACCCGACGAUGGCUCGUGGUGUGCUCAAGUGUGACAUCUCUGACCUGUCUCUGAUCUGCCUGCUGGGCUACAGCAUGCUGCUCAUGGUGACCUGUACAGUCUACGCCAUUAAAACCAGAGGCGUGCCGGAGACCUUCAAUGAGGCCAAACCCAUUGGUUUUACCAUGUACACCACCUGCAUUAUUUGGCUAGCAUUCAUCCCAAUCUUCUUUGGCACUUCACAGUCCACAGAAAAGAUGUACAUCCAAACAACCACUCUGACCAUCUCUGUGAGCUUGAGUGCAUCAGUGUCCCUCGGGUUACUCUACAUGCCGAAGGUCUACGUGGUUCUCUUCCACCCUGAGCAGAAUGUGCCUAAGCGCACACGCAGCCUCAAGGCCGUGGUUACCGCUGCCACCAUGUCCAACAAGUUCAACCCCAAGGCCGGACUCAGACCCAACGGAGAGGCCAAAACUGAGCUGUGUGAAAGCCUCGAAACACAAACUUUCCCAACAAAGCAAACCUACAUCAGCUACAGCAACCAUGCAAUCUAAGGGACAAAGGUUCUCAUCCCAAUUCAGGAUUUCCACCCAG